CGUCGCCGUGUUUGUUAAAUGAAGCUAUUUAGUCUGCCAAGUGAUACACUCGAUCAUUUAUCGAUAGAUUCUCUGUAGUUUAAUCCAGCCGGGGCAAAUGACAUUUAAGUGGACUAUAGAGGACCUCGAACUGGAUCUACACUGGAUACUGACACCGGUCUAACCCGGGAUAGAUCUGUUAAUUAGCACGGUUAGCCUCCCGGUACCUGGGAUUAGCUAACGGGCUAACAGGCUAAUAACAGCAACAGAGCUGUCAGUAAGCAGGAUAAACAUGUCGGAGUCCAGCGGGCUGAUUGAGGUCACUGUGAAGACUUUAGACUCUCAGAGCCGGACCUACAGGGUGUCUGGAGAGCUGACAGUGACACAGUUUAAAGAGCACAUUGCAGCAUCGGUGGAGAUCAGUGUGGACAAACAGAGACUCAUCUACCAAGGCAGAGUGCUGCAGGAUGAACGCACGCUUACACAGUACAAUGUAGAUGGGAAGGUGAUCCACCUGGUGGAGCGGGCGCCUCCUCAGGCUCCCAUGAAUGGCUCAGGGGGGGCGGGGGUUUCUACUGGGGGAGAGGAAGGUGCAGUCAGCAGCGGCAGACAUGGCUCCACCUCCUCUCAGCAUGCACCACACGACCGUAAUGGCAACAGCUACGUGAUGCUGGGGACGUUCAACCUGCCCGUCAAUAUCAUGGACCCCCAGCAGAUACAGAUGUCAGUGCAGCAGAUGAUGUCUGGAGUUGGUGACUCCGGUAGAAACAGCAGAGUGAGCAGCAGCUCUGGGGGUAACAGCUCAGUGGACGUGCAGAUCAAUGUGGACACUGCGGUGCAGAGCGACUCCAGGAUGAGGCUGCAGCUGGCUGAAAACCUGCUGAGAGACGCCUGCUGUCUGAUCCACAGACUGGAGGGAGUUUCCAGUGAUUUACAGCCAGAGGCCCCUUCCUCUGAUGGAGGAGCUGCAGCAUCACACCUCAUGGACUCCAGCCCUGCUCCAUCCACGUCCACAUCCACAUCCACAUCCACCCAGACAGAGGGAGCAGCAGGAAGCAGCAGCAGUGGGGGACUCAGCCACCCAAGUCCUGCAGAGUUCGUGGAGGUGUUGUCUGAGGUGAGGAGGGUGGAGGAGAGGUUACGACCAUUCAUCGAGAGAACGCACACCAUCCUUGGAGCAGCAACAUCUGCCGACUACAACAACAAUACCCAGGAGAGGGAGGAGGAUCAGCGUAUUCUGAACCUGGUUGCAGAUGCUCUUCGUUUACUUGGUAACACCUUAGUUGUCCUUGGCGACCUACGCUGUAACCUGGCAAGCUCUCCUCCUCGUCACCUCUAUGUGGUCCGACCCAUCACCCACUACCCUCCCCAGGUGCUACUCCAGACGGGACUGCCCCACGUCCCCCUCCCUCAGAUUAAUUUAGGUACAACCGUCACCAUGUCAUCCAAUGGGAGACAGGCAGCUGAAGCACUGCCCUCUCAGGCCUCAAGCCAUCCAGAUCAGCAGACUGCGGGCCUGGCCCCACCUCCACCCUCCAGUGGGACCAAUCCUCAACCAGGAGCAGGAGGACCGCGAGUGAUUCGGAUCACCCACCAGACCAUGGAGCCUGUGGUGAUGAUGCAGAUGAACAUUGACGGUGAGUCAGCUGCUUCAUCUCAGGUUGCAGGUAACUCUCAGACAGGUCUACCCCCGGAGUUCAUGCAGGCCAUCGUUCACCAGAUUUCCCAGCAGGCCGCUGUGAUGGCUGCUGCAGCCUCGGGUGGGCCUGCCCCACAGGUCACAUCUGGAUCAGAACCUGGUUCUGAAGGGCCUGCCCCCCAACAGCCCCCACACCCCACUCAGGCAAGGGUGGUCAUCACCAGACCCUCCUUCUCACCCCGUGUCCCCCCGCCCCCUGGAUCAAGAGGAACCACCAUCAACGUCAGAGCCACAGUGCCUCCUACUGGACAGGCUCCUCAUCUUCCUCCAGCCUCGCUAACUCAGAUGAUCAGUGGUCUGGUUGGACAGCUGCUGACUCCAAGUCACACAGGAGAUCACCUCUCCUCCUCUUCAUCCUCUGACUCCUCCUCUUCAUCCCCUCCCCCCACUACUAACGCCUCCUCCCUGCAGCCAGCAGAGGAUGCUGCAGAGGGGAACCUGGCUCAGCUCCUGGGCUCUCUGCUGGGGGGACAAGGAGGGGGAGGGGGUGUCCCAUCAUCAGGACCGGCCCCCUCCAUCACUAUGACUCUGCCAGGAGGGAUGGGCUACAGCCAGCCGCCUGUCUCCACCCCUGUGGCCCCACCCUCUCAGCCUGUAGGUCCUGCCCCCCCUCAGCCAGUUAGUGGUGGAGAGUCUCUUAGCCCAGAGCUGUUCACAGGCAUCGUUCAGGGUGUCCUGUCCACCAUGAUGAGCUCUCUGGGUGCUCAGCAGGGGGGAGGAGAAAGCAUCGCCCAGUUUAUCCAGAGACUGUCCCAGACCAGCAAUCUGUUCAGCCCAGGCUCUGGGGACGCUGUGGGGUUCUUCGGUGAUCUGCUGUCCCUAGUGUGUCAGAGGUUCUCCAUGGUGGACAUGGUUCUGCUGCUGCAUGGGAACGCUCAGCCACUGACCCGCAUCCAACCGGACCUCCGAGAGUUCUUCACUGAGCACUACCUGCAGGGCAGAGCACCCACUGACACUAACAUUGCUGCAGCGGCUGAAGAGCUAAUCAACGGACUGGAAGAGUACAUCAGCGACAGCUUUUCGUCGGUGACGGUCAGAGACGGCGUGGACAUCGUUCAGACAAACUUGUCCUUCCUUCGGCUGAAGUUCACUCAGAUGGCGGCUCACAUCCUGCACUGCUCAGAUGAGACAUUCGGGCCCCGCCUCCUGUUGCUGUGUACUCAGGGUCUGUUUGAGUGUUUGGCUCUGAACCUGUUCUGUCUGAGAGGAGAGCAGAGAGCUCUGACAGCCGUCAUCAACCAUCGAAUUAGGAGGAUGUCUGCUGAGGUGAACCCCAGUCUGGUGAACUGGCUCACCAGUAUGAUGUCCAUGAGACUCCAUGUGAUUUUGGAUCAUAACCCGGUCACCGAAGAACACAUCCAGCGCUACGUUAUCUACACACAGGUGAACCAGAGGACAGAAGCCGAGGUUGACGCCGCCUCACACAGUCCCAAUAUGGAGAUGGAAGAGAGUGUGCCUGUAGCUGCCCCACCCACAGAGAAUGGAGGAGACAGAGGAGUAGCUCCAGCAGAUUGUCAGCAUUCUGCAACAACCCAGGAUGGGGAGGAAGAUGGGGAGGGGAACACUGAGGUGGAGACAUGGGCUGCUGCUGUCCCACCGGAGUGGGUUCCCAUCAUCAGACAUGAUAUGCUAUCUCAGAGGAAGAUUAAAGCCCAGCCCCCGCUCUCUGACGCCUACCUGCAUGGCAUGCCGGCCAAGAGGAGGAAGACGAGUCAAAGUGACGGUCCUCGGCUGUCUCUGUCUGACGCUGUAAGUCGAGCGGCUAGAGCUGCUGGGGUCCUUCCUGUCACCCCACCACAUAGCCUGCAGGGGGAGCUGGAGACCCCUGAGCUGCAAGAUGAGUAUACCAGACAGGUGAAAAGCGAUAUCAGCGAGAGAGUCAAAGAUGAUCCAGACUACAACUCCCAGAGGUUUCCAAACACACACCGCCUGUUCUCCGCGGACGACUCGUAGUCCUCCACAGAGCUAAAACAUCCCAUAAUAACCCUGUGAGAGCAGCAGAUGGCAGCGCUGACCAUGAUGGACUCAGAGGAGCGAUCUGAAACGAUCAAACAUCUGCAGAUUUAAUCUGACCAUCAUGAAUCCUCUGAGGAUCUGCUCCACAAAGACCACCAAAAUGCCACAAGGGGGCAUUUACUCCUCACAUUAACAUCCAAGUCACUUUAGUCUGUGUCCACUCUAGCUAAUAAAUCUUGUGGGGUUGGGGUUAGACUGAAAAAAACUGGAGGCCUAGAAUGGCCUGGAUGCAAAAGGAUGAGAUCAUGUCAUCCUUUGAGGAUUACAUCCUUUAAAAGAAAAAGACUUUAAUGGAUGACAUCUCCUUCAAAGGCAGAGGACAGAAUGUUGGUUAAGCUGGGGAAGUUGGUGGUUUUCCCCCUCCAUUUUUGCCACAUAGUAGGCCAAACUUUAUGGAAAAAUUGCCAACAAAGGAGAGUCAACAUAAGGGGCUAGCAGUGGCUCUUCAACAGCUUUUCUCCCUCAUUAGCAUUAAGCAUUAAGGUCGGUAUCUCAUUACUUAACUCUAAUAUAUGUUAAUGGGAGGUGCUAACGACCCAAAGGGGUCAAAAGAGAGAAUGAAGGAUCCUCAUAGAACAAAAAAAAACAUAGUCCUUAAGUUGUAUUAAAUCAAAUCAAAUGUGGUGAAGAAAAUUGGGAAACACAGUGGGAAUAAAAGUGAAUAGAAAGUGUUUUUGACACAAUCAGCUUCUAUUACAUGCUGAAGUUGAAUUGUAAAAUAUUUAUUAUAUUUUAUAUUGUUAACGGUCAACAGUGAUUGCUCCUUUUUUCUGCCACCUUGGUUCCUGAAUCAAAUUUCCCUGUCCAAGUCCUCCAUUGACAUUUCAGAAAAUCAUGAAAUCAACAUGUUUGAUCCUAGAAUCAAGCCAAUCAGCUCUCUGAUUACCCCUGACAAUAAAACACUAGAUUCAGAAUAAUAACAGAAUUGGCAAAGGAAGAAAAAAAAACAAAGGGACAAAACUGUAGACAUUGAUUUUAGUGGAAGUGAAGGACCUACACAUCCAACAACCCAUUGUGAUUCCCUUUAUUCAUAGCUAAACAUAGCUUUACAAACUUAAAAAGUCAACCAGACCUUCUCUCUAGAUUUACUGUAAUGUUUUUAUUGUUUAUGAUGUUGGCAUAUGUUGUCGUCUGUGUAUAUAUUGUGUAUGUAUAUUUUGUAUAUAAUGUAUAUAGUCAUAAACAGCGAUAACUGAAGUACGUAAGUGUUUUAAACAUUACCAUGGUAACAGCAGGCUCCACCAAUCGUAGACAACGCUGUGAAACUCUAAAGUAGUGUAAUUCUUUUCCCUGAGGAUGUGAAUAGGUCGUGUUUUAACUUCUAAGUUAACUUAACUUUUAAGAAUAGAUGGAUUGUCCAGAUUCAUGUCUGUCAUCAGGUGGAUCAAUCUCCCAAAGCUUCAAGCUGACACGCUUGUUCCCAAUCAGAGAAUGACCGGACCAAUCAGCAUCAUUUGAGGGGUAAAGGCGGUAACUAUGGGCAUGGUUUAGUUGAAGUGACUCCAAGCCUGUUAACAAUGUCAACUGGUGAAGAAAUUAGUAUAAAUGCAGCUAUAGCAGCAGUUUGACCACAUUUCUUUCAUUACGGUGUACAGGUGACAUGUACAGGUUCUUCAUGCUCAACACCUAUGCCGCACCCGCCAGUGCCCGCCAGGUCAACUGCAGGGCCACCAUUCACUGAUGAUUCACCCCCUACUCAGUAAAGGGCUGUCCACACGGAGACAAGUUUUGGAGUAUCAGUGUAAGUAUUUUAUCAUAUCCGUGUUUCAUCCCCAAAUCCACCUGAUUUGGGGUCCAAAAACGCUUCUUUUUAAAACCGGAUCCCAGAGUUAACAAAUCUGUAUAUGCAGCCUGUUAUAUCUCUGUGUGCACAACCAGUGGACUAUAAUGCAUCUUUUAGGAAAAAUGCAUUAUAGCCCACUUAACCUGCAUGCGUCAGCCCAGCCAAAAACAAUAGUAAUGGCAAAUUACAUGAUGGUGUUUGUGCUGCAGAAGCUACUGAGCUCAUUAUGGCUCUGACAGCAAAAUCCUCUGCUCCUCUAAUACCACUGUGAUCAACAAAUGGUCAUGGAGAACAACAUACGCCGCAUGUUCUUAGCUUCACCACAGAGUACAACCAGAAGUGCAGCCAGGAGAAAGUUUUAGGUAAGAGAAAAGUUUGUGCGCUUGCUCCAUAAUCUUCCUUUGUUUCAGGUGCAUUGCUGUGGUAGCAUUACAGGGCCAGACAUAUAUACUAUAGCGUUUUCAGUCAUUUAUAAUUGUUUUGUGAUUUUUAAUAGUUUCCGUCUCCGUGUUGACAGGGCCUCAGUCUCUCUGUAGGGGGGCAGUGGCCCGAUGGGGAAGUCUGUCACCCUCUCCACGCCAUCUUUCUUUCCAUCAUGGCCAUAACCAAAAGCUUGAUUUCUCUGCCUCUUCUGCCAGCUCUUUGGUGACCCUCUGUAGCUUCCCCUCAGACAUUCUCACCGUGAGCAGAAGUUGAAUGGUCGAUUUCUCAAGCAAACCCCUGUAUCCAGCUUCCACUGGAUGGACUCAUGCUGACCAGUUGGGCCUCCUCAGUGGUGGUGCAUGCCUGCUUCAUCAUGUUUUGAAUGUGACAGAACAUUCCUCCAAUAACCCUCUGUGUUUUAUUUUGAAAGGUACUGUCUUUCCGAAAACCACUUAUAGGGUGUUUGUCAGAUGUAUGUGAAAUUUAUCCCAUGAUGCCAUGUAGAUGUGACCAAACUGGGUGGAUAGCAGACAAACUCGUGUCGUCUACAGGAGCAUGUACCUUGGGUUCACUCUCAGGUAGCACAUGGUUAGUCUACCUUGGGUGGUUAUGACAUCAUGGCAAAUAAUCAGAUCCACUCUGGAGAAUAUGAACAGGAGUUUUACUAUGGGACAUCACUGCUGGGCUUGUUGAUGUUAUUGUUUUAUGCAGAUAAAUGUUCAAAUAUUACAGUGAAAAUAAAAGUGAAGGACAAUAACAUUGUAGCAAUCUAAAUCUUAGCAGAGUCUCAGUAUUUUAUAUGAAUGAUAAAUGACAAUGUGAUCUAAUUUUUAGAAAUAGUUUAAAGGUCCAUAAUAUGGUCAGAUAUGUGAAAAUGUUUAUCUUACUUAAUCAUACUAUCAUACCAAGUUGACAUGUUCAGAAAAAAGUCAGGUUAAUCUGUAAAAUGGAAAUAAAUAAA